GAGUGCUUGGUUGGGAGACCAUCCCCUUCCCAGGCCAGUGACCUCAGGGCCCGCCCUCGCCUUCCUUCCGCGGAACCCCUCCCUGAGCAGCGGCGUGGGCUCCCGGGAGCGAGGACGGAGCCGCUUCCCCGGGAGGGAUGAUGGAGCUGCCGUAGCAGGUGGGGCCAGAGGCGGAGAGAGACCACGGGGGACCCUGGCCCGAGAGGAGCUGGAGCCCGAGGAGCCGCGCUCAUGGCGUUCAGCCCUUGGCAGAUCCUGUCCCCAGUGCAGUGGGCGAAAUGGACCUGGUCCGCGGUGCGCGGCGGGGGCGCCGGAGAGGAAGAGGCCGGAGGGCCGGAGGGCGACCCCGAGGACGAGGACUCGCAAGCCGAGACCAAAUCCUUGAGUUUCAGCUCGGAUUCUGAAGGUAAUUUUGAGACCCCUGAAGCCGAAACACCAAUCAGAUCGCCUCUCAAGGAAUCCCGUGAUUCAUCACUAGGGUUGGCAGGACCAGAGGCCAAAACCCAAGAAUCACAAGAAGUUGAUGAACAGCUGGUAGCAGAAGUGGUUGAAAAAUGUUCAUCUGAAACUUGUUCUAGAACCUCAGAAAAUGAGGUAGCACAGCAGGCUGUUGAUUCUUACUUGGUCAAGGAUUUCAAAGAAGAACCUGAACAUGAUAGUAGCAGAAUUUCGGUAGUGAGGCCAUUUUCAAUAGAAGCCAAGAAUUCCACGGAUAUCCCAGCAGCUCUAGGCACAAGGGCAGCUUAUGGCUGUGUAACUGUGGUCUCGGGGGAGGCUUCGCCCUCUAGCAUACCAGAAGCCAUCCUGGACAAGGCAAUGACAGAAGGCACCAUGGGAGUUACACUGGAAACUUCCACAGAAGCUGAUCUAAAGGCUGGCAGCUCCUCUCCAGAGCCUGUUCCCAGCAGAAGCAAGCUAAGAAAACCCAAACCCGUCCCUCUGAGGAAGAAGACAAUCGGUGAAUUCUUAGAAACUGAUAUUGCCCUAGAGGGCACGCCUCUCCCCCAGGCAUCCUAUCAAUUCUGUCCUGAUGAGAUGGAUGGGAACACAAGUUCUUUGCUAGAAGGUGCCAGGAUCCCGAAAUCUCCCCCUGAUACUAAGGAAACAUCAAGCACUCCCAGCAGUGACACCAACGAUUCAGGAGUUGAGCUGCUAGAGGAGUCGAGGAAUUCACCUCUGAAACUAGAGUUUGAUUUCACAGAAGAUGUGGAAAAUAUAGAGUCCAGGAAAGGCCUUCCAAGGAAACUUGGCAGGAAACUGGGUAGCAAACUGCCUCCCAAGGUACAGAAAGAUAGCAUCAAUAAGCCAGUAGGUGCCAAAGGUGUGGACCAGCCUGCAAACCCAGCUGCAGACAGUGCUCCUCCCUCCCAGGCAUCUCCUAAGCUGGAUCCCAGCCAGUGGGAUAGCCCCAACUUCAACCCCUUUGGGGGCCACUCCACUCUGCAGAACUCCCCCCUUCUCUCCUCUAAGGGCUCCUACCACUUUGACGAAUCCAUGGAUCCCUUUAAACCAACUACAACAUUAGCAAGCAGUGACUUUUGUUCUCCUGCCGGUAAUCAUAUUAAUGAAAUCUUAGAAUCACCUAAGAAGGCAAAGUCGCGUUUAAUAACGAGUGGCUGUAAGGUGAAGAAAUAUGAAACACAGUCUCUUGCUUUGGAAGGAUGUUCUCAGGAUGAAGGAGCAGUGAUCUCCCAGAUUUCAGACAUAUCUAAUAGGGAUGGCCACGCUACCGAUGAGGAAAAACUGGCGUCCACUUCAUCUGGUCAGAAAUCAGCUGGGGCCGAGGUGAAAGGUGAGCCAGAGGAAGACCUGGAGUACUUUGAAUGUUCCAAUGUUCCCGUGUCUACCAUAAAUCAUGCGUUUUCAUCCUCAGAAGCAGGCAUAGAGAAAGAGAUGUGCCAGAAGAUGGAAAAAGAUGGAUCUGCCACGGCUGGCCUGUUGGAGUCCUCUAUGGAGAAGGCCCCCGUGUCUGUGGCCUGUGAAGGGGAGAGCCCCCUGGAUGGCAUCUGCCUCAGUGAAUCAGAUAAGACAGCCGUGCUCACCCUCAUAAGAGAAGAGAUAAUCACUAAGGAAAUUGAAGCAAAUGAAUGGAAGAAAAAAUACGAAGAAACCCGACAAGAAGUUUUGGAGAUGAGGAAAAUUGUGGCCGAAUAUGAAAAGACCAUUGCCCAAAUGAUUGAAGAUGAACAGAGGACAAGUAUGACCUCUCAGAAAAGCUUCCAACAACUGACCAUGGAGAAGGAGCAGGCCCUGGCUGACCUUAAUUCUGUGGAAAGGUCCCUUUCUGAUCUCUUCAGGAGAUAUGAGAACCUGAAAGGCGUUCUGGAAGGGUUCAAGAAGAAUGAAGAAGCCUUGAAAAAAUGUGCUCAGGACUACUUAGCCAGAGUUAAACAAGAGGAACAGCGAUACCAGGCUCUGAAGAUACAUGCAGAAGAAAAACUAGACAAAGCCAAUGAAGAAAUUGCUCAGGUUCGAACAAAAGCAAAGGCUGAGAGCGCAGCUCUGCACGCUGGACUCCGGAAGGAGCAGAUGAAGGUGGAGUCCUUGGAGAGAGCCCUUCAGCAGAAGAACCAAGAAAUCGAAGAACUAACAAAAAUCUGCGAUGAGCUGAUUGCGAAGCUGGGGAAAACUGACUGAGUUUCCGCCCCGGUAGCUCAGCAGGUCUGCAUCUGGCUGCUUUUCUUGUAACCACAGUUAUCUUGCCUUAUCCAGGAAUAAUUGUCCCUUUGCAGAGAAAAAAAAAAAAAAACUUUAAAAAAGCACAUGCCUACUGCUGCCUGUCCCGCUUUGCUGCCAACACCACAGCCCUAGAAAGGAGCCCUAGAGCAUCGCACAGUCCGGGAAGGAGUGACAUCUGAGAGCUGUCCACUGACAGGUUUGGUCAGACAGGCCGCCAAGUUUGGGGUUGUGAGUUCUCCAUCUUUAGUCUAUUUAUAAAAAUCAUCUUUUCUUUUCUAAGCAAUUUACAUUUGGGAUUUUGUGGCUACUAUUUGGGAUCAUCUUCUGUCUACCACCUGUCUGAACUUUUUUGGUGACCUAUUUAUUUCAUCUUUUAAAUCUAGCAUUCAACAUUAAUGGUUUUAUUUGAGGGGGAAAAUAACUUAGCCUCUUAUUACUUCUAGUUUUUAAACAAGGAGGGACUCUGAGUGCGCAUUUCUACACACACACACACACACAUACACACAUUUAUAUAUGCUGCUGGGUUUUUUUUCUCUGAACCAUAGUCAAAUAAGAGCUUCUCCACAGAAGAGCAUAUUUCCAUAAAUAUAAAACCCUGUUUUGAAAUAGAGUUGUGGCUCUGGAUGCCAACCUCAGAAUUUGGGGAAUUGAAGGUGCAAAGACCACAGAGUCAGGGGAAGACUUUUUGCCACAGUGUUUCGUUGCCCUGGUAUUUGGACACUCCUAAGCCUUGACAGGUGUGCCCUUUGGGGUCAGGCCUCAGGCUGCAUGAAGAGCAGUGCCAAUGGGGCUCCCUCAAAGCCAGGGUUUGGCAAGUCUGUCCCAGAGCAGUUCAGUUUCCUCUGCUUCUAUUUGUUGCUAGAAAAUCAAUAUUGACCCUUCAUCAUCUUUCUAUUUGAAAUAUGCAAAGAAAAUCUACUGGUAAAAGGUUUAGGCAGUCUCCUUUAGUUAAAAGGUAACUGUAACCCCGAUAGCAAUUAUAAGGUGGAGAAACAGUGGAAUUGUUUCUUGUUUUUUUUUUUUUUUUUUACAAGUGUUAUACAUUGUUCUUUGGAUUUUUUUUUCUCUUAAGGCAAAAAAAUCCUUUCAAACUUAGACUUUUUGACAAAACGAGCUAUAAAAAUCAUGUGAACCACCCCAAAAAUCAGCACAUUCUGAAUAGUGUUAAACAAAGGGCAUUUGAAUCCUGGAGGAGAGGAGUGCAGGGAGCAGAGCCACAUUCACAAUACCAAAUUCCUUAGGCUCCUCUCCAAGUGAUGAGGCUAGUAACCCCAAGAGGGAAACUUUCCAUGUAAUUCUAGUGAAGUCCCUUCCAUUUGGUAGGCAAAACCAAAUCCAUGCAGUGUUUUGAACGCACUCUUUUGUCUUAAUCUUACACCCUGAAUAUCUUCAUGGUGACAUGCACUGUAUUCAGUACGUGUACGUUUUUGUAACUUUCUUGUAAAACUCUUGCAUGAUCCAACUUCAGCAAUGAAUUGUGCCUAGUGGAGAACCUCUGUAGAUCUUUAAAAAUGCAUUUUUCUUUAGCAGUGUACUAUUUACAUGGGUGCAAUCUUUAGCCCCAGAGAGGUCCCUAAUGUCUUUUAAAGCUAGAAGUCAUGUCUUACCAAUAUGCAUUUAUCGUAAUUGGUGCUGAGGCUGUAUUUUAAAGCCUACUGUCUUAAUAUUUUGUACAAAAAAGAACAAUAGAAAUGGUCUGUAGUUGGAGAAGUGACUUGACAAUCAUUUGGGCUUUGAAAGCAGUCAGUGUGGUUCAGUGUGAGUGCUGUGCUACAGUCACAGUAUCAAUGAAGUACAAGUGUCUCCAGUUGGUGGAACUGAUUUCUCUUGGUCCUCCACUACUAGGGAAAUUAACUUUGCAUUUUGCAGAAAGAAAUGUCGCUAUACCUUUUUUGCUGCUGUGUUUUAAUGAGAUAUCCAUGUUUAUUUGUUUUAUAUUGAUCUGUAUUAAGCAUGAAAGGCUUAGAGUGGUCUCCAUUCUAAAUCCAUAGUCCUCCAUUUAGGUUUCUUUGGUAUAUACAAAAAAUAGCUAUGUGUUAAAACCAAGGUGACGACAAUCCUUUCCUAGCACGCUGGUGGAAGAGACCCCCUAAGAAGACCCCAGUGAAUGAGGUUGCUGCACAAGGACCAUGAAAGGGCCCUGGUUAAUUUGUGUUCACCACUGGCUUCUCAGCCAUGGCCGUUAUGAGGGAAUGUGCUUCCUCCUCAUUUAACAGACAGAUAUUCUCCAACAAGAAUAAAAAUGUAGCUUGUUCAGCUGGCAAAUCAAGAGAAUAUCCUGGGCAGAAAGAUGUGUGUUUGUUUUUCUUUAAAAAUAAGCAAAAGGAAAAAAAACUUCCAAAAUUCUAAAGAGUAAGAAUGUAGCCUGGAGUUCUGCUUUUCAUGGAGGGCCAUGACAGGUCGGCAAUAGUAAGCCCUGUUAAUAAGAGCGUGCAGGGGAGGUGAAAAGAAGAUAGGUCUGGGUGCAUUAGGUGAUCGGUCUGCCUGAGACUCUGAACCCAGAGCCAUUUCUUAAGUUUUUUACUUUGCCAAAGUGUAGAUAGAUAGUCUUUAUCUACAAGUAUUUUAAUGGGAAGAUUCAGCAUAAGACAGGCUGAACAGUUUGUCACUUGGUUGUCUGGGCGUUAUAGUCAGACCUCCUGAGAUUUACUUUUAUUUGGAGAAACUCCUGGAAGCCAGUGACCUGCCCAAACCUUUUGUUCUGUAAAACUGUUCUGGAAAUAUUGAGAAGCCUAGUCUUCUCACGUGGUUUCUAGCUUCUUCAGACCCAGCCCAAAUUAGGAAGUGCAGAAGCACAUGAUGGUGAAAAACUCUGAGGACCUGGCAGUCUUCCAGAAUGAUAUGGAAUCUAAGGGGAGAUGUGUGUUUCGUUCUGGAGGUUAGCUCAAGCUGAGUUUUCUCCAGCCAGUUACCCUUCCUUCCUGUCCCACACUGUGCAACCCUCACACCGAGACUUAGAUCUUUAUUAGCCCUGAAUUAGUGCUUUUUAUAAAUGGGGGCUUCAAGUGCCCCGAACGUUCCUGGGCUGACCGAGCAGCCAAAGUGAAGCACUCUUUUGAAAUAAAGGCAGGUAACAGAAGGCUCGGCGGUGGCUCUACAGCUCAGAAUACAGUUUUAAAGAGCAGGCAUCGGUAGGCCUGGUAUGCCGUGCUUGGGGAUGACUCAGGACGCUCUUUUUCGGUGGGGCAGAAGCUCCUAAGGUCCCUGUUUGUUUCCUCUGGUUCUGCACAACAACCAGUAGCCAUCUCCUGAGUCGUUCAUAACUGUCCUUUUGUAGUCUCGUGACCUUGCAAGCUUGCUCUGGGACUCAAGUUUCUUACUUUAUCCUCUGGUGGGGAAGAGAGAAACUAGGUGUUGAAAGAUUAAAUGAUUCAGGCAAAGGAUUUUAAAGUAAAGAUGUAUAUAUUCUAAAGAAUUUAAAAGAUAACAGAUUAUUAUUUGCUUAUUAAAAAAUAGACUAUAGUCUGGGAAUCCCAGAAUGCCAAGCCAAAGGUCUAAGAAGUCAUCUUCUUCAAAGAUUUUAAUAAAGUAGCAUUUUGAGGAGACUUCCGUCCAAAAAAGGUUUGACUAGCCUCCAGAUUCCAGUGGCUUUAGGAAAGCAUGUAUCAUUCAAACCUCAAGUCUCCCGCAUAGUGAAGGUAAAGGAAUCAAUACGGUAGAUGCUUCUCUCUAAGGGUCUCCUCUGGAAGAUGAUGUCAGGGGCAGCAUUUCCAGUGAAGACCCAUGCCCGCGUGCCCAGAGCCAGCAUCCUGGAGACUAAAGAUUGCACUUUCCGUAGUUCUUCGUCCAAAUUGCAAUCCCAUUUCUGUGCCUCUUAGCAUGCAGUUAGAUUUGGACAAACAAGAUUCCUAAGGAAUGACUUUAUUAACUAUAAUAUGGUUACAGCUAUUACAUAUAUCUCUAUAUUCUGGUUAUAGUUCUAAUAUGGAAGUGGUGCGUGUGACGCUGGCCUGGGGCAAGUCCCUAUUGCUCUUCAGCUCAUUUGGAGGAGGCCGGGCACAGAGCCGAGGUGUGGCUUAAACCCUCCCCUGUACCCAUUCUUCACUGUAGAGCUGUGAAGGUGUCACUUGACCCCCUCUGCCUUUUAGUGGUAUCUGAAAUAUACACAAAGAAUGUCCUAGUCACACUGUUAUCCGAUGUUCUGUGAAUAAUUUCCACGUGGACAUAUACCAAUUUGAACUCCGAAGCCACCCCCAGUCCAGGUACAGGGCAGCCUGCAGGUUACCCACCACACGCGCAUCCUCCACAUGGUCCUUGUCACCCAGUGGGACAGGGUCCAAGCAUUCCUUUUAAACCUCAGAGGUAGCAGUAAACCUUUCAGUGUUGCUGUUAGCAAGUGUAUAUUUGCCAAUAGCUACCCAUUUGUACUCACAUGCCAACAAAUAAACAUCAGCUGCACAUCUGCUUCCGCUUUGUCCCUUCGGGUGCCGUGACAUGUGUGAGGAGCCUCUCUUCUGUAGGAGCGAAGCUGCAUUGACUACUGCUGUCAGGAUUGUGUUGUGUGGAAUAAUCAUCUACAUAAAUUUUAUAUGCACAGUACUUUCCCUUUUAUAUGUCAGGUAAAUAUUUGUAAAAGUUAUACUCACACAAAUGAAAUUAUUAUAAUGAUUACUAAUAUAUUUUUUCCAUGUUUCAUUGCCUGAAUAAAAACUGUUUACCACUGUUA